UGCUACAUAUCUGAGCAAACAGCCACAAGAGGAAAAGGGAAAUUCUAUCUAUAGUGAAUGCAGGUUGAAGGGAAGAAAAUAAAGAUCAAAUUUUCCUUGAAAAAUCCUGGGCGAUCUAAUGCAUUGAUUGGUGAAAAACCAUCUUGCUCUAGCAAUGGAAGGGUGGAUUCUAAUCAAGUUCCCGAACAGAACUGUGUCUUGAUGAUAGAAGGAAGAAGCAAGGUCCCUCUCCUUCCAAGCUGUUCUGUUGCUCUUGUGUCUGAACAGAAACAUGGGCUUGCAAGGAAGGAGCAAUGCGUCUCUUCUUCUAGAACAUUGUCCGAAAGAAAAAAGAUUUUUAAGGCUGCGUUGCUAUAUAAAACCUUGCUUGAGGAUUGGUUGCCUCCUGUUCUCCAACCUGAGCUGAAUGAUGAUGAUAAUGGUGGCAAUUGGCUUCUUCCUAGAAACCAGCUUGGGAAACUUGUGGCCAAAAGAUUUGAUGUCAAUGAUGUUCCAUGUUGUGCUAGUUUGAUUUCAUGGCCUCAGGCACAGUAUCUUCCUGAGGGUGAGAUUUAUGCAUUGCCUUAUACAGUUCCGUUUUGAUUCCCCUAUGAUGUAUCGAUUGGCGAAAAACUAUCUUGCUCUAGCGAUGGAAGGGUGGAUAAUAAUCAAGUUCCAUAGUUUGGUUGCUUUGGUGCCUGAUCAGAAACUGUGUCAUGAUGAUUGAAGGAAGCAGCAAGGUCCCUCUCUGGUUCCAAAUUGUUCUGUUGCUCUUGUUCCUGAAAAGAUACCGAGGCAUGAUCUUGCAAGGAAGAAGCAAGGUACCUCUUCUUGUUCAGGCUGCAUUGCAAUAUUAAACCUUGCUCGAGGACCUAUCUGAGCUGAAUGAUGAUGGUAAUGGUGACAAUUGUCUUGUUGUUCGGGAAACCUGUGGCCAAAAGAUCUGAUGGCAAUGAUGUUCCAUGUCAUUCUAGUUCAAUUUCAUGACCGCUGGCACAAGAUCUCCUAUAGGCUUAGAUUUAUGCAUUUGUUUUUACAGUUCCGUUUGGUUCCCCUUUGUAGAGGGCAAGUUAUAUUUUUGCUUCCUUACAAAAGAAUAUUUACGAUUCAUCGAAUUGUAGUUUCAGGGACACGUGUCAUUGGUGGAAUUGAGUUUACAAUGCUCAAUGCCCUGGUUGUUCACCUUUAUUUUUUGGGCCAACUCUAACAUGUACAAUGAGGAUUUACUAAUAGAAACGAGAUAUUCUGCA